AAUAAUCUCCCUAUUGUCACAGGGGCUCCCAGUGUUCGUUUGACACACUGCUUCCUGGUAAACUUUCCAUUUGACCAGGACCUAAAAGAAAUUUCUAGGUUGUUUUUUUGACACAGAAUAAAACAAAAUGAAUGCACAAAAAUGUAAAAACAACUUAUCUCAAGGAAAACAAAUAUCAUAUCAGAUAAAAUUUUAUCUCCUUAAAUGCUUUUCGUAUUUUAUUUAUAAGAAAAAUUGAGGUUGACAAAUUUCUAGACAGAUAAUAUGAGAAGAAAGCUUUUUCACCAACUUUGGCUCAGACACGCAGUUUAAAGCAAUUGAACAUGAUGGGUAGAAGAAAUAACACAAAUGUGGCUGACUUCAUCCUUACGGGAGUGUCAGAUUCUGAAGAGGUCCAGAUGGCCCUCUUUAUGCUGUUUCUCCUGAUAUACCUAAUUACUAUGCUGGGGAAUGUGGGGAUGAUAUUGAUAAUCCGCCUGGACCUCCAGCUUCACACUCCCAUGUAUUUUUUCCUCACUCACUUGUCAUUUAUUGACCUCAGUUACUCAACUGUCAUCACACCUAAAACCUUAGCGAACUUACUGACUUCCAACCAUAUUUCCUUCACGGGCUGCUUUGCCCAGAUGUUCUUUUUUGUCUUCUUGGGAGCUGCUGAAUGUUUUCUUCUCUCAUCAAUGGCCUGUGAUCGCUAUGUAGCUAUCUGCAGUCCUCUACACUACACAGUCAUUAUGUCCAAAAGGCUGUGUCAUGCUCUUGUCACUGGGCCCUAUGUGAUUAGCUUCAUCAACUCCUUUGUCAACGUGGUUUGGAUGAGCAGACUGCAUUUCUGCGACUUAAAUGUAGUUCGUCACUUUUUCUGUGACACAUCUCCAAUUUUAGCUCUGUCUUGCACGGACACAUAUGACAUUGAAAUCAUGAUAUACAUUUUAGCUGGUUCCACCCUGAUGGUGUCCCUUAUCACAAUAUCUGCAUCCUAUAUGUCCAUUCUUUCUACCAUCCUGAAAAUUAAUUCCACUUCAGGAAAGCAGAAAGCUUUCUCUACUUGUGUCUCUCAUCUCUUGGGAGUCACCAUCUUUUAUGGCACUCUGAUUUUUACUUAUUUAAAACCAAGGAAGUCUUAUUCUUUGGGAAAGGAUCAAGUGGUUUCUGUUUUUUAUACUAUUGUGAUUCCCAUGCUGAAUCCACUCAUUUAUAGUCUUAGAAACAAAGAAGUGAAAAAUGCUCUCAUUAGAGUCAUGCAGAGAAGACAGGACUCCAGGUAAUUAAAACAGCAGGAAUGCUGAACAUUUAAACUCUUCUUUCUUUUCUAUUUGGUAUUUCCUUGGUCUCUCUAUAAAAACAACUGAAUCCUUUAUGUUUGCAUUUCUGUUGUGCUAACCUUUGCUUGACUAAACGUGAUCUUGAACAUUUCAAAGUGUAUGUUUUCAGAAAUCCAGAUUGCAAUUAGAAAUCAUAAUAUGUGUUGGCUGGGCGCGGUGGCUCAUGCCUAUAAUCCCAGCACUCCGGGAGGCCGAGGAGGGCGGAUCACAUGAGGUCAGAAGUUCAAGACCUGCCUGGCCAUGGUGAAAUGCCCUCUCUAGUAAAAAUACAAAAAAUUAGCCGGGUGUUGUUGUGCAUGCCUGUAAUCCCAGCUACUUGGGAGGCUGAGGUAGGAGAAUCGCUUGAAUCUGGGAGGCAGAGGUUGCAGUGAGCUGAGAUCGUGCCAUUGGACUCCAGCCUGGGCAACAAGAGCGAAACUCCGUCUCAAAAAAAUAAAAAAAUAAAUAAAUAAUAAUAAUAAUAUGUGUGUCAUAUUUACAGUCUAAAUAUAUGUUUUUAAAAGCAACUGAUGUGGAAAAUAAGAAAAUAUGGUUGUCCUUCAAAAUUAGAUUUUACAAAUUCCUAUGCAUACUUCAGCUGUAGGUAAAUCUGUUAUGGAAAACAAAGAUUUGGGGCACAAUGAUAACAGUUUCAGAAGUUAUUUCAUUUAUUAUAUGCGGCAGAAUUAUACCAGAGUCUUUAGGAGUACUAUUUUGAAAUAAAGUUUUCCAAGAGUUAGAUUCUAAAUAUGCUACAUUUUCAGCUAUAUAACCCAGAAUAUGUUACCUAAAAUGUAAAACUCUCUUUCCUUAAGUGCACAAGAUAAAUAAUAACUCCAAAUUUGAUCAGAGAGUAGUUAUAAAGUGUUUAAGGUGACAGUAAUCAAUGCUGCCUAUUCUCAUUAGAAGACUUGCAUUCCAGCACAGUGCCUUUUGUGAAGGAUGUUCACUUGUGUUUUACAAAUUACUUUUGGUUAAUUUAAUUUACAGACACACAAGCAACUAAAAAGGAAACAACAAUAUCAGUAAUUCACAAUUUGGAGUUUAGGAAAUUAAAUAUUUCAACAAAAUUAAGUUAUAAUAAAAUGGCAUAUAUUGUUAGAGAAAAUUUGAAAAAUAUUAUAAAGUAUUAUGGAAAAUAGAAACCCUCAAAAUAAUGAGUUUUGGCUAUUUUGCUUAUGGCGUAGCCAUUCUUUUGUCUCUUUAUUUUUCUAAUAAACUUGUUUUCAGUUUAAGAAAAACAAAUCAAGUUUUGUGCAUGUUCUUCUAGAUCAAUAGUUUUGAAUAUGUGCAGGUAUAUAACAUAUAUGAACUGCAUUUCUAUCACUUUCUGUGUACUGAUUUUCAGCUUUCUGUAUCCAUUUACAAGUUUAAUAUUGGAUAAUCUCUUUGUCAUUGACAACUCUAAUACAAAUUUUUUCUUGAUACAUGGGCAAAAUCAAGACUCAUUUCACAAUGUUUUGGACUUGAAAUAUGAACUCACCACAUUAAAAAUCUACAUGCAGUGUUAUCUCUUUUGCGUGCUAAACAUUUGAAAACUUGACUUCUGUAAAGUGUCAAACUGUUUCUUUGUUAAAAUUCUGUGUGUUUUUAAAAAUCAUUGCCUUGCUCCUG